CAAAACAUUCACAGACAUGGCAGCUACCAUUCAGUGUAUACUGGAGGAAAUCUCGGGUGUAGAAGACCCAGUUGAAGAGCUUCAGAGCUUAAAAACCGCUCUGCUGGCCAUCCCUGCGAGCGCUUUGAGGGAGUCAGUGAGCGGUCAACGAUUGGACGUGAUUUUCUCUCUGCUGGACUCAAACAACAGGGCGCAGGUUGAGCUGUGCGUGGACAUCCUUGAACGCAUCCUGUUGGCUCUCAGCCCAGUCCAUCUGGUCCAGAACUAUAGAGCUGAGCUGCAGAGCGGAUUGGCCCAUCCUAAUGACACCGUUAAGAUUCUGGCCUUGACGCAGAUUGGGAGAAUCGUGGAGCACCCAGAAGCCAUCACAGAAUGUCUCAACAAUCAUGAUGUCUUACGAGCGAUGAUACUCUGCAUUAAAGAGGAAAAGAUGUCAGUGGCAAAACAGGCAAUUCAUUCCCUUUCUAAGAUAAGCCACUCCAAGCCUGGCUUAGACAAAUUAUUCAAGAGUGACCUGCUGGAUGUUUUGAAGGAUGUGAUGACCACAAGUGACAUUAUCAGAUACAGAAUAUACGAGCUGGUGGUGGAAAUCUCAUCUGUUUCUCCCAUUUCUCUUGGUUACUGUGCCAACAGUGGCCUCUUCUCUCAGCUGCUCAGUGAACUGACAGGAGAUGAUGUGUUACUUAGGGCCACGGCUGUAGAGAUGGUGACCACUCUGGCUCACACUCAGCACGGUCGUCAGUAUUUAGCUCAGCAGGGGAUCAUGGAUAAGAUCUCCAACAUGAUCAGAGGAGCAGAGACGGAUACUUUGUCCUCACUCUACCUACCUGGUUUGGUGAAGUUCUUUGGGACCCUGGCCAUCAUGGACAGCCCACAGCAGGUCUGUGAAGCAUACCCAACCUUCCUGAACAAGGUGUUUGAGAUGACCCUCGAUCCAGACCCUACGAUGAUCGGAGUGGCCCUGGACACGUUGGGAUUGCUUGGAUCGACAGUCGAAGGGAAGCAGGUCCUGCAGAAAACAGGGGCCGAGUUCAAGGCUGUGUUCUCGAGAAUGAGUCAGCUCGCUGCUUCUGGAGCUACAGAGCUUCGAGUUCGCAGCUUGGACGCCAUAUCACAACUUCUGACCUUACAGCCAGAGCAUCAAACAGAAGACCUUCUGUCCCUGACUGAGUCCUGGUUCCAUCUUUUGUCCAACAAGCCCAUGGAGAUGAUUUGCAGCAUAAGCACACAGCCUUUUCCUGAGCUUCAUUGCGGAGCUUUACGGAUCUUUUCUGCCGUUGCCGGUCAGCUGUGGGGUCAGAAGAUGAUGAUGAGCACCCCUGGGUUCAUGGAGUUCAUUUUGGAUCGGUCAAGUGGUCAAACAAAGGAGGCCAAGGAUGCCAAGUUUGAACUGGUGGGGUCUCUUGUGGGUUCGUCUACAGCUGCAGAAAUACUGGGCAGUCCAAAUUACAUGCGGCUGAAGACCUACCUCAGAGAAGGCCCUUAUUACGUAUCAGCUGUGGCCUCAGUCAGCACAGAAGGAGCCAACUGAUUAAACUACAACAAGAACAUCAUGGAAGCUAAGUACUGCACAAGUUUUCUGGGUGGACUCGGGUGCAUUGGGAGCUUCACUACAAUGAAAAACUAAAACU